AUGACAACUCGUAUAUCUCCUUUGAAGGCUGGCAAAGAGUUGGCCAAGAAUUACAAUUGCACGUUCAUCGAAGUAUCGGUUAUAUUGGAACAUGAGGUAGACACUUUGGUGAAGUUGGUAUUGAACUCGUUUCUGACUCCAAGCAUCACGUCGCCGAGGAAAAAGUUCUCGUUUUCUCUGCACUUCAAGGGCUCAAAACCGAAGAAAAUAUUCGCCAAGGCGGACAGGAUUGACUUUCACAUGCCGCAGUCGACAAUAUUCGAGAGAUGGUUCGGCAAAAGAAAGUCUUUCUCUUUCGAAAACCUGUCUUAA